UCAUGCAGCAGCAGUGAUGGCAGGCAUAACGUUGCCACUUGAAGAAUACUGUGCAUCUUUGGAUGGGAACUGUUUGCCCAAAAUACUGCAGGUGUGUUCUGGGGUCUACUUCCAAGGUUCAAUAUAUGAAAUAUCUGGGAGUGAAGUGUGCUUUUCAACGGGGGAUCUCAUAAAGGUCAUUGGCAUAGAGCUUCAGUCAGUUAGUUGUGAAGAUGUAAGCAACAGCAACAGGUUUGAGCUACCUAUACAGCACACAGGUUUAUUCAAGAUUGUCCCAGAGCAAAUGCCAUACAGCACAGUGGAUGAGAUGAUGAGGCUGAGGCCAAUAGGUUUGGAGUCCAGUCUUCCAUUCACCUUCACCAGCCGUACCAAGAUCACAAUCGGUGACUUCACAUUGAGUCCAGGGAAAGAAUUAACUGUAAGAUGCUUUGAGCAACUUGAGGAUGGAAACGAGUGUAUCCGCUGCUUCGUUCGAGGACAACAGGAGGCUUCAGCGGAGGUGUGCAUCCCUCUCUCCACCAAAGGAGAGUUCUAUGAGUGUGAGAGCGAAGAGUGCUUUUCUUUGAGUGAGAUCAUGACUUCUUCCAGCCUACGGAGCCGGAGGUUUUGCUUUGCCAACACAACAAAGAGCAAGCAGCCUCUUCUGUUUACUCCAGUGUACCAGAUCCACGCCAUCAUGAACUUAAGAAAAAAUAUUCUGAAGUUUCCAUCCAGUUUAGAGGUGGAUGUCAUUGAUGUCACAGAUAUUUGCAAAGCGGAUUUUGUAACCCCUCUCAAUCUAACCGAGAUCCUCUCCCAGCCUGAUGAGAACUUCCCUGCUGUAGUGGAAAUACUCGAAGGCCCCGGAAGUCGGGCCAUGUUCAAGUGCAACUGGUUAUCUGAACUUAAAACACAGAACAAACUCAUUUUCCACAAAAAAGGUUCCACUGCUUUGGUUCUGAUAUCCAACCUGAAGAGCAGGAAGGCACAGCAGUACUUCUUAGUGUCACAACAUUAUGCUGGUCGAUUCAAAAGAAGACCACGAGAGUUUAGCUCCGUCUAUGAGGUGUAUGCCGCUUCGGUCAACGUACCAGGGUUAAAGGUCAGUGUGACAAGGAACUGUGAGGAAAUUGAGGAAGAGGGUGUCCCCGCUUUGAGUGUGGGUGAGCAUCUUGAGAUAGUGCGCUGUGAAAGAAUGGAGCUCCCAAAUGCACAGGAUGAUAAACAAAGGCAGACGGUUGAGGCACUUUUAUGCUAUCGACAAGCUGAUGAAGAUGAUGAGGAAGAGGAAGAAAUCAACAUAGUCGGCAAGGAAGAGAUGUAUUUGCCAAUGUAUAUGCAGGGUAAUUUUGUGGAGGUGCUAGCUGAUAACAAAAAGUACAAAUUGAAAGACUUGGGGAAGGAAUUUAGCCUGCCAAUGGAUGUCAAAGUAGUGACCAAAGAUUCUGAACUUGAGAAUGACCCACUUGCAACAUCAAAUCUCAGAAUAGAGGCUGCCAUGGUAGAGCCUGUAAUCCAAGCAAGUUUUCUAAAUUGCCCCGGUCAAUGUUUUGAUAUUCCAUCCAAAUGGCUUUCAAUGUCAGUAUAUUUUACCAAUGAAUGUCUACCAUGGCCAAGAGAUCACCCUCCAAAGUGCCGUGUGGAAACGGUGACAGAAGUAACAGACGAGUUUCUUUAUGAGUUUCGAAAACAAACCACUGCAGAUGUAACCCCACCACCUCGCCCACCAAAGAGGAAUGUGUCCACUUCAAAAUCCAUCAAAAAGUCCAAGAAGAAAUCCAAAAACAAAGCUGAAACUGCGCCAUCUAAAGAAUUAGCUGAUUUAACUUUAAGUUGGAAAAAGAGACCACCAGCCCCCCCAGCUCCGGAUGAUGAUGAGCAUCCCCCAGUUGUUCCACCCAAAACCCCAACAACACCGGCAACAACGACAAGGAAAGCACAGCCGAACACCUAUGUUAAAAUGCAAGAUUCCAUUAAAAAAGCACCAUUGAAAACAGCAGCAGAUGUGGACGUGGACAGUGAACAUGACUAUGAGACUGUGGAGGAAUUUACCACAGUCAUAAAGAAAGCACAAGAGAGUGUUUUCUUCUUCAAGUAAUCAAAUGGACAAUGUGCACACCAGUACAAACUGUUUGGGGGAACAUAGAACACAUCAAGUAAAAGACCAAAACCACUGAAAAAUGCAAAA